CACCAUGGUUUCAUAUCAGCCUCUCUUGUUAAACAAGGAAGCAUCACUGUCACGUUUUGUUUUCGGAAAUAUUUGUUUUGUGUUCGUUGAAUGCAAGUUCAACUGUCGUGCACCAUGGGGUUAUUUGGGACUCAUCCGUUAAGAUGGCGGAUAUAGAGGCCUUAACUGAACCUAGUCGUAAAAAUGGAUGUACUCUUCCACCCCAUAUCACCCAGGUGAUAGCCUGGGUGGUACUGGUGGUUUUCGGAGUAUUACAUUUUACGUCACUGGUGCCUGCGCUUCACAACUCCUGGCAGCCCGCAGCUCAUGCAGUGCCGGGGGUGGUGAUCUUCGUGCACCUUAUUGUCCACGUGGCAACUUUAACCAUCGACCCGUGUGAUGAUAAGGUGCUUCAGGCCAAAUUGCCAAAAGUCAAAUUGAACAGAGCAAAGCAUAGUUUCGUCAUAGAAGAUGGCCAUUGUAACGUCUGUCAAGUGGACGUUGGGUACUACAAGGAUAGUAAAAUAAGGCACUGUAGAGAGUGCAACAAGUGUGUGAAGAAUUUUGACCAUCACUGUCCAUGGUUGAACACCUGCAUUGGAGCCAAGAACUACCGAUGGUACAUAGCAACACUUGCCACGGCUCUUGUUGCUCUUGUCUUGGUCACCGGUAUUACUGUGAUGGAAUUCAUCACAUACUUCACUGACAAAAACGACAGAAACAUUCUGCAGCCAUAUCGAGACCUUAAUGCUACGUUACACUACAAAGAUGCGGACUUCCAAAUCCUCUGCCAGAGAGUGCCUCAUGAGGCGUGGCUUGCCAUGUUAGCUGUCUUAUUCACACUGGGUGUCGUAGCUGUCGGCUUAAUCACACACCUCCUUGGUUUCCACAUCUACCUCAUUUACCACAAAUUGACAACAUAUGCCUUUAUUACGGCUGAGAGACCAAAGAAAAGCCAGACAAAGCUCAACAAAAAUACCACAAGCUGCUACAUAAAGAAGGGCAAAGUGAACCCAUCAAACAACAAGGAUAGCAGUUUCAACAACACAGUCCAGGGAACCUGCCUACCAUCAUUUAACUUCCUGAGGUUUAUCAAGAGGGGAAACCGGUCCAAUGUUAAGAUCCAACCCACCUCUGCCAGCGCCAUACCUGCAGAGAACAACAACUCCAAACUGGUGAUGGACAAUGAGCUCAACGGCGCCACCCUGUUUAUGGUGGACGAGACUGCCAUGAGGUUCACAGCCAACAGCAGCUUCCAGAAUUCAGUACUGUAG